CCAGGCUCUGCAAAGCGUUCAUGCAAGUCUCCCAGCUCGUUUAGAUGAAAAUACGGUUGUAGCUUGCAGUCUACGUUACUGUGAUUGCGGUGUUGUGUCGGUUUUGUAGAAAAAUGUUCCGUUGAUGAGUUAUUAACUCAUGAAAGCCGAAUCUGUGAAUAUCUUUCUAACUUUACCGAAGUGUUAAAAUCUUCUGCAGGUGAAAAUUGGACUUAGAAUUACACAUUUUUUUCUACACUGUCUUACAUGGGCUGUGUUUUUCUGUAAUUUUAAAUUCAGUUCACGUGAGUCAAAGUUUUAUUUACAGCAGGACAUUUUGACAUACAUUUGCGCUCGUUCUCACAUUGUAUUCUACAAGUUUUCACUCAAACCUACAAGUUUGUACAUGUUGGCACAUUUUUACCUUCAUAGCACAUAAACUGCAUGGUCGUUUGAACAGUUAAUGCAGCUGUCAUGGAGCCAGGACUCGAGACCAGGACCAGGAGGAAGAAGGAACCAGGAUUAACACAACUGAACGUGCUGCAAAAGCAGGAAGUUUUAUGCAUGAACAAAAACGCGAAAUUCGGUGUCGGGUCGAAAAGCAGAGGAAGAAAAACCUACUGAUUUAACAGGACGAUAGAAACUUCGCUGUUAAAGUUGUUGGAAAAACGAGACAAAUAUCCUCAAACUGUCAUAGAUUUUUUUUAAAAGUAGAUAAACAUACUAGAUGUUUUGUAUAAAAACAAACUCCAGUUUAUUAAGGUAGGUCGGUAAUGUAGGUCUGACACACCCAUAAAAUACUCCCAUGGAUUCUUUGGUUGGAUCAAAUUCUCUUGACAUGAGACGAACCAAGAAGAGAGAGGAGGAGGAAACGGUGCCAGUGCCACGUGCUUAAGGCAACGUGUACGUUUCACACCACGAACGGAGACUAAAGCAAUGGAAUUACUAACUUAAGAAAUAAAGUAAAUAAAUAAAUAAAUAAAACAGCAACAACAAUUUAAGACGCCACCAAGAGAGAAGACCGACAGGAGGAACCCUUUUCAAGAACAAUGUCUGACAAGAAGAAAAGAAAGAAAUCUAUGACAUCUGAUUCAUCCUUGGAGGCCUCGGAGCUACCUGUCAGUUUACAGACAAGUAAAUCUGAGUCUGAAAGUCCGACAUGUGAAUCAUUAAAGAGUGAUAAUUCCAUGUAUCACCCACUCAGUUUCAAGUCACAAAGUUCACAGUUUAAAGGAACUGAACCUGGAGCUUCCACCACUGAGUCUUUGAUAAGUGAGCAUCAGUCUGUUAACUUGAACAUUGAAAAGACCCAAAGCCGACCGGCGAGCUGUUCUGUGUGUAAAGGAGAUUUGAGAGAUCCAGUCCAGCUCCUCUGUGAACACUGGAUAUGCAAAAAGUGUGUAAAGUCAGACCAGUACAAGUCUGAUUCAUCACCGGACUAUUCCUGUCCAGAGUGUGGAGAGAAAUCCAAAAUAAAAUCUGGUGACCCGCAUCUUUUGAAAGCAAAGAAGAGUUUAAAAGAAGCAAUGCAGAAGAACUUUACUUUGACCUCUGAAGGUAAUGGAGACCAACAAAGUUCCCUUAAAAGCAUUUAUACAACUCUUUACACCAUCACUGGUGACACAGAAGGACUAUCUUUUAAGGUGUUUAGACACCUUAAAAGUAGCUUUGAAAAACAGUCAUCGUUUGACACCUCAGUCAACCUCACUGACAUCUUUAAAUUGUUACCCAACCAAGAGAAACCCCCCAGGACGGUCUUGACGAAGGGAGUUGCAGGCAUUGGAAAAUCAUUCUGUGUACAGAAGUUCAUUCUUGACUGGGCUGAGGACGAGGAAAACCAGGAUGUUGACUUUGUUUUCUGCUUUGCUCUCCGAGAGUUGAAUUUGAUUUCAACUGAGAAAAGCCUGCAUAAGCUCCUGACAGAAUUUCACCCUGCUCUCCGCCACCUGAAAGAGUCAGAAGAUUUAUUGAAAAGCAAGACUAUAGUGAUCUUAGAUGGUCUGGAUGAAAGCAGACUUCAGCUAGACUUUGAAAACGUUAAGGCAGUAACGUCACUCAAGGACGUAACGUCUGUGGGUAAUCUCCUUGUAAACCUCAUUCAGGGUAACCUUCUUCCUGAUGCUUUUCUCUGGAUAACUUCUCGUCCAGCAGCAGCCAAUCAGAUCCCUGCAGAGUAUGUCCACAUGGUAACAGAGAUAAGAGGGUUCAGUGACCCACAAAAAGUGGAAUAUUUUAAAAAGAGAUUUAGUCGUGACUUGAAUCUUUCUGAGAGAAUUGUGUCACAUAUUCAGUCUUCACAGAGUCUUGACAUCAUGUGCCAGAUCCCGAUCUUCUGCUGGAUUUCUGCCGUCUUAUUUCAGGAGGUUUUUGGAGAAGAAGAAACUGAGAUUCCUCAAACUCUGACAGAGAUGAUGGCACAUUUCCUGUUUGCUCAGACUAAAUGCAGAAGCAGAAAAUAUGACAAGAAGAUUGAGAAGAAGAAAGAGAAACUCUUGGAGACACACAGAGAAUUUCUUCUGAAACUUGGCAAGCUUGCUUUUGUCCAUCUUCAGGAAAAUAAUCUCAUCUUCUGUGAAGAAGACCUGGAAGGCUAUAGUAUUAACAUUGAAGAAGCAUUGGUCUACUCUGGAUUUUUCAACACCGUUCUUAGGGAUGAGGACAUUUUCUCCAAGAAAAGAGUUUUCUUCUUUGUGCAUCUGAGUGUUCAGGAGUUCUUUGCAGCUCUUUAUGUUUAUGAAUGUUUCACAACCAAGAACUAUGUAGGUCUCAGCAGGUUCCUCAAUCUAAAGGACGAAGAACAUGCUUUACUUGAUCUUCUUAAGAUGACAGUUGACAAGGUGUUGGAUAAGAAGAAUGGGCACUUGGACUUUUUCCUGCGAUUCCUCCUUGGCCUUAUGGUUGAUGCCAACCAGAGAGUCCUUAAGGGUCUGUUGACUCCAUUGGACUCAAACCAAGAUGUAGACAAGGAAAUCUUGACUUACCUCAGAUCCAUUCGGAGGAAGACCUUGUCCCCAGACAGCUGCGUUAACCUUUUCCAGACCAUGGUGGAGAUGAGGGACCACAAAGUCAAAGAUGAGAUUCAGGAAUAUCUCAAACUAUCAGAUCGUUCAGAAACAGAGCUGACCCCACUUCAUUGCUCUGCGCUGGCCUACAUGCUGCAGAUCUCAAAGGAUGAACUAGAUGAGCUGGACUUGAAGAGUUACAACACAUCAGAGGAAGGCAGGAGGAGGCUGAUACCAGCUGUGAGGAGAAGCAGGAAAGCUAAACUGGCCGACUGCAAAGUAGAUGCAGAGUGGGUUGAGCACCUGGCCUUUGCUCUGAAGUUCUCCCAUUCUGCUCUGAGAGAUCUUGACUUGAGCAACAAUGAUAUAAAAGAUUCAGGAGUGGAGCUGCUUUGUGAUGGGCUGUCCAAACAGUUCUGCAAACUGGAGACACUAAGAUUGUCUGGUUGCCAGGUGACAGAGGCAGGGUGUUCAUAUCUGUCAUCAACUCUGCAGUCCAAUCCCUCCCAUUUGGUAGAACUGGACCUGAGCUACAACCAUCCAGGAGACUCUGGCAUUAGGAUACUCUGUGAGCUGAGAGAUAAUCCACAAUACAAGCUGAUCAAACUCAACCUUGACCAUGGUGGAAGUCACAGGAUGAAACCUGGUUUCAGGAAAUAUGCUUGUGAGCUUACUUUGGAUCCCAACGCAGCACAAAAGAACCUACAUAUCUCUGAAGGAAACAGAAAGGUGACCUGGGUGGAGGAUAGUCCGUCACAUCCACAUCCCAUAAACAGGUGUGAUCACCACCAGCAGGUGCUGUGUGUGCAGGGCUUAACUGGGCGCUACUACUGGGAGGUUGAGGUGUUUGGAUCAUUAAGCAUUGGGGCCACGUUCAGGGGAACCAACAUGAAAGGGGAGACUAGUGAUUUUAGGAUGGGACACAAUGAAAAGUCUUGGUGUUUGGUUUUUUCUGACGAUGGUUUUUAUGUUUUGAACAACAACAUCAAAGUACAUGUGUCUUCACUUGGAUUACGUACCACUCGGGUUGGGGUGUACCUAGACUGGACGGCUGGCACUCUGUCUUUCUACAGAGUUUCCUCCGACAGUCUGAUCCCACUCCAUUGUUACAAAACAGUUUUUAAUGAACCCCUCUACCCUGCUGUUGAGCUUCAUACCAAGUCCUCUGCGUCAUUCUGUCAGUUAAUUUAACUUGACUGUCCAAACGUUAUAUGAACACCAGUAUUCUCAACCCAGUUCCAAAUAUUGUGUGGAUGGAUAAAAUGUAAACAAAAAAAUAAUUCAAUGAAUUGUAAAUGUCAUCAACCCAUAUUCAAUUGCCAGUGGAACAAUAACAACAUAGACAUUUAUAAUCUCAUGGAAAAUAUGAGCUUAUUUUGAAUCUGAUGGCAAAAACACAUCUGGAAAAAGUAGUUUCAGGGUGAUGUUUAGCAUUAUGUAGCAUCUCCUCUUCUUUUGACAACUGUCUAUAAACAUCUGGGAAGUGAGGAGACCAGUUGCUGGAGUUUUAGGAGAGGAAUGUUGUAUCAUUCUGGUCUGAUACAGGAUUCCAGCUGCUCAACAGUCCUGGACCUUGGUUGCUGGAUUUCUGCUUCCAUGGUGCUCCAGAUGUUUUGUAUUGGUGAAAGGUCUGGACUGCAGGCAGACCAGUUCAGCAGCUGGAC